AUGUCCAUGGACCCGCGCUUCCCCGCGACUGGCGAGGCGCCGUACAUGAGUGUGCUCAAGGGCGACACGUUUUUUGCGCGCACCUUCCCCAACUACAAGAAGAUGUUCUUUGACAAGGGCUCCUUCCGCCCCGUCGUGCACGCGAUGCUGGUCGUAGGCUUCAUUGGCUACACGCUCGACUACUUUCAGCACCUGCGCUUCGAGCGGCACAGCUACAAGGAGAAGCAUUUGGGCGGCCACUGAGGCGGCGCGCAUACCGCUGGCUUUGCUCGAGGCUUGCGGCCCGCCGCGCGCGUUGGCCACGCGGUGAGCCAGAGCUCUCCUGUACUUGGGUCUUGAGCUGUGUGUGUGGUUCUCCCCUCCCCCCCCCCCCCCCCCGAUUCGCGACGCUGCGUGGUCUACGCACUCUCCACCCUGACCGUGGUCACACUGCACGACACAAGCAUGCGUAUCAUACACCGGUAAUUGAAGAGCA